AAAAAAGAAUCCAGUUAAACUUGAACUGGUACAUUUGCCUGAAACCACGUUGCGAACAAAGAGAAUAAUCGUAAACGCGAAACGGUACGAUCUUGCAUAUGGAUAAAAUACUUUGCCCAUCGAUUUGCUCCUUAUUAUGCAUCGAACAUUGUAAAAUCCCGUCGAGACCACUGCAAGUCUUCGUUAAUGGGAAACUUUCGAUACUUGGAAAAUCCAGUUAAAAGAUGAACAAAAGAAAAAGUCAGGGAAUUUUUGUGCCUGAGAUUGGAAUCGUAUAUCGCCGCGACAUCUAUGGUUUCCGAAUGAUUUUGCCAGUACGCAUUGCACAGCGACCGUAGUGAAUUCGAAUGGAACAGGAAUAUAACCUAUCGGAAAGCAUAGCGAUGCGGCGUCGCGUGAAACCUUUGGAAUCGGACCUGAACGGAGGUGGAUGGAUCGAGCGCUCGCAAUGGCUGACGAAAUCAGGGAGAAACUGUUGGCACGAGUAAAGGAACAAGGAGAUCUUGUACGGAAAUUAAAAGCCGCGAAUGCCAACGAUAUCCAGGAUGUAACGAAUUCAUUGGACAUAGAAACACAAUUGGACAGCAUAAACCACGAUUUUGCUGACGUUAGUUACGUUUGCGGUUGGGUACCGACCGCCAAAGACAAUACAUUGUACAACUUUUGUACCACCUUUGAUGGAGAAGUAUCUAAAUGGUCACAUUUGAAAAGAUGGUUUACGAACAUACAAAGUUUCAGUCAAGCUGAACGUAACGCAUUUUCUCAGCCGAAAGGUUCGCCCACUCCCUUGGCAGAAAAAAUUGAUCGUAUAAUUGCCCUUUGCUCGGUUCAACGACACUCAGGAAUUAACCAAAAGAUAGCAGACGAGGUUGCCAAAUUGCUGGAACUGAAAGCCCAGUUAGAAGAAAAGAAUGGGACCUCGAAGCUUAUUCUUAAAACUCCCAAAGGUACCAGGGAUUAUAGGCCUGACCAAAUGGCUGUGCGGCUGGGAGUUUUGGAUAAAAUAAUUACCGUUUUUAAAAGCCAUGGGGCGGAGACUAUAGAUACGCCUGUCUUUGAAUUAAAGGAUAUUUUGACGGGAAAAUAUGGCGAGGACUCGAAGCUCAUCUACGAUUUAAAGGACCAGGGUGGUGAGAUUUUAGCUCUCAGGUAUGAUCUAACCGUACCUUUUGCCCGAUACUUGGCCAUGGGAAAGAUCUCCUCCAUGAAGAGGUAUCAUAUAGCCAAGGUUUAUCGAAGAGAUAAUCCAGCCACUACCAAGGGUAGAUACAGGGAAUUCUACCAAUGCGAUUUCGACAUUGCCGGUCAGUAUGACCCUAUGAUUCCCGAUGCGGAGUGUAUCCGUAUUAUUUACGAAGCCUUGCGAUCGUUGGAGCUAGGACCUUGCGUGAUCAAAGUGAAUCAUCGAUCGUUGCUGAACGGUAUAUGUGCUGCGUGUGGUGUGCCGGAGGAUAAGUACCGCGGUGUGUGCUCUUCUAUAGACAAACUCGACAAAAGUCCCUGGCCGGAAGUUCGAAAAGAAAUAAUAGAGGAGAGGGGACUGGAGGAAUCGAUCGUCGACAAAAUUGGAACUUAUGUGUCACGGUCCGGCGGCGUGGAACUCAUUUCGGAAUUAAGGAAAGACGUUGAACUAAUGAAACACGAAGCCACCGUCAAAAGUCUCGAAGCCAUGGAAUUAUUGUUUGAAUAUUGCAAGAUUUUCCAAGUGACAGACAACGUGCGAUUCGAUCUCAGUCUCGCUAGAGGUCUUGACUACUACACGGGUGUGAUAUUCGAAGCUAUACUUACCGGCGACGACGUUGGAGUUGGUAGCGUCGCGGGUGGUGGACGUUACGAUAAUUUGGUAGGAAUGUUCGACAAUAAGAAGAAAUCGAUACCAUGCGUCGGUCUGUCGUUGGGCGUCGAACGUAUUUUCAGCGUUAUGGAAGCGAAAUUGAGUCGAGACGGUUUGAGAACACGUACAACCCAAGUCGAAGUGUUUGUGGCAAGCGCUCAAAAAAACAUGCACGAAGAGAGAAUGAAAAUUUUGUUGGAUCUUUGGAACAGUGGACUGAAAGCCGAGCACUCGUAUAAAAAGAACGCGAAACUACUUGUACAGUUGCAACACUGCGAAGAGAAUGGUAUUCCGUUGGCCGUAAUAAUCGGUGAAGGGGAAUUGGCCAGAGGCGAAGUGACUUUGAGAGACGUUGCGUCCCGUGCAGAGGUAUCAGUGCCCAGAGCAUCUUUGGUCGAUGAACUGAGGAAAAGACUGGAAAAUUUAUAAGUUACUAGGAAAUAUAGUAGACGUUACUCCGACACUAGGCGGAAUUAAACAAUUUCAUAUCGGAUAGAAAUCUUGUGAAACUUCCCAUGAAAUUCAAAUGCUUCUUUUCUUUAUUAAUCCGCACUUUGAUAUCUCGUUUGAACACACACACCGAAGAAAGGGAAGACAAACUUGUGUUCCUGUGUAAAUGAAACUUUCUUAUGUAAUUUAUUGCAUUGAAUGGCCGAAUAAAGUUGAAGUUGCUUCAGAAA